GCACCGCCGCAGUUGAAAAAUGACCAGCAAACCAGAUUCGAAUGGAGCCAGGACGCUGUUCUGGUACAUCUGGGAAGCCACAGUCUCAAUGCUCAGUGUCAAAUCCGAACACAGCAGCUCCCCCGAGGCAUUAUCCAGACGGAUAUGAUGAUCUCGUCCCCCGAGACCAGGUAUGGAGGCGUCCUGUCCUUCGUAACUUCGUGGAGGGCUGAAGAUGCAUCGGCCUGA